AGAUGGGAGAUCAACAGAAAGUCAGCCACAUAUCAUACAAACACAAUACCCACAUGCUUUCAAACAUAUUUAACAGAGCAGUUGCAAUAUUUCCAAGAACACACAGAGUUACAAUGUCUUCUGCAUCAGGCCAAGCCUCUGUUUUUGAGGAACCAAGAAUUGUGGUCAAGAAGCUUCUAGCAAGAGCUCAGAGGGAAGGUGAUGGUGCUGUUGUUAGGAGAAGCAUCGGAAGACAUGAGUUGAAGUACUUGGAUCCUUUCCUCAUGCUGGAUGAAUUUACUGUUACACCUCCUGCUGGAUUUCCAGAUCAUCCCCACAGAGGAUUUGAGACUGUAACAUAUAUGCUGCAGGGAGCAUUUACACAUCAAGAUUUCGCGGGGCAUAAGGGCACAAUUGGAGCAGGGGAUGUCCAGUGGAUGACAGCGGGAAGAGGGAUAGUUCAUUCGGAGAUGCCUGUUGGAGAGGGACUCCAAACCGGCCUGCAACUAUGGAUCAAUCUUUCAUCCAAGGACAAAAUGGUUGAACCUAAUUAUCAAGAACUGCUAAGUGAUGACAUUAAAAGGGUUGAAACUGAUGGCGUUGAAGUGAAGAUCAUAGCAGGAGAAUCAAUGGGAGUCGAGUCCCCAGUUUACACGCGAACACCAACAAUGUUUCUUGAUUUCACCCUCCAGUCCAAAGCCCAAGUGAACCAAAAAAUCCCCGAAUCUUGGAACUCAUUUGUCUAUGUCAUUGAAGGAGAAGGCGUUUUCGGGUCAUUGGACUCAUCACCUGUACCUGCUCACCAUGUCUUGGUGUUAAGUCCUGGUGAUGGUUUGAGCGUAUGGAACAAGUCCUCUAAGGCCCUGAGGUUCGCGCUCAUUGGGGGCGAGCCACUGAAUGAGCCAGUGGCUCGAUAUGGUCCUUUUGUGAUGAAUACACAUGAAGAAAUUGAUCAGACUAUACAAGACUAUCAGCAUUGCAAGAAUGGCUUUGAAAUGGCUAAGUAUUGGAAGUCUCAAUAGUGUAAGAACACAAAGUUUAUGGCCAACUAAAUUUUUUUCUGUCACCAUCCAAGCAACAACUAAUAAAGUUAUACUUAUGGGAUCAAGAUUUCAGGUUUCUAGAAACUUGAAUGGGUUGCUUUGAAGCUACAUGACUUGCUUGUUUUAGUCACUUACUUUCAAAUUUAUUUUUUAUUUGCUCUCA